GGAGUAGGAGCCUUUCCUGUAGCAUUUCAUGUAAACAACCUCAAAGAGAUAUACAGUCUAAUGAAGAAAGUAGCUAAUCCUCAACAGGUCACCUGUGACAACUGUACUACAGCUGAUGCCACCGGAUACUGCAAAGACUGCAGUCAAUUCCUUUGUACAGAAUGUAUCUCUACCCACAAGAAAUGGGCUCUUUUUGCUAACCAUCAGCUGACAAGUCUUGAUGAGGUGACAGCCUCUGAUGUCUCUUCUACUUCUCAAUUACUAGCUCCAGCUAAACAGGAGGCACCUCUCAUUUGUCCCAUACCAAGUCAUGAUGAGCCAUUGAAGUAUUACUGUGACACAUGUGAUGAAUCUAUCUGUCGUGAUUGUAUUAUGCUGGCUCAUAAAGAUCACAAGUAUAACCUAAUAGCUGAUAGUUUUACUAAACACAAAGAAGCACUGGAGAAAUCUCUUAACCCGGUAAAAGGGAAAAUUGAAGGACUUAAGAAGGUCCUGUCUGCUCUAGUAGAGAGAGAGGGUGAGAUCAGAGAGAGAGGAGAAGGAGUCUUAGAAGAAAUGUAG